AUGCAGGCUCAGGAGGACUUGCGACAGGCGGAAGAGAGCCUCAAGCUGUCCGAGGUCCAGAACAAGCGCUUGGAAGCUGCCGAACAGUCGGUCCGACAACAGCUGGAGGACGCGGUCGAACAGAGGAGCAAAGCGGCUCGAGAGGCCAUGAAGCAGUCGAGCGCCAUGGCUGAGGAGUUGAAACGGCUCAAAGAGCAGCUGGAGGAGAAGGAGCGCGCCAUGAGAGAGUUGCAACAGUCCAUGGGCAGCAGCGAAGAGAAGAAGAUGGAGGUUCGGUAUCUGGAUUCUCUGAACCCACCCCAGUCCCACCUUCCCAUAGGCACCGCCGAGUGGUCAGAGGCGCCGGACCGCGCGGUCCGCGGCGGGACCUUCCAACAGGCGGUGAGGCCGAAGGUGCCGGAGCGACUGGUGGCCACCUUCCAGUUCAUCGUGACAGACCUUAGCGGCUACUCCACUGGGAGGGGUCUGUUGGCGCAGGAUGCGUCGAGGCGGAUCAUGCGGGUGGAGACGGUGCAGCCGAAGGCGGGGAUGGAGGAACUGGAGACCAACAUGACAUAUGUCAUGACCGUGAAUGAGUCCUUCCAUCUGACGGGCGGCAGUCCAAAGACCAUUCCCCUCUGUCGGCACUUGCCUUUUGGACCGUUUGGAGGAAAGGCGGUCUUCCAGGAUCUCUUCGCGUGGGUUUCGGACCCCAUGCAGAGCACCUACCUGGGCGAAAGCGUGAUCUCCAAGCGUCCCUGUUCCCUUUGGCGACGAAGGGGCGAGUCCGGCGCGCCGGGCGCGACGGUGCUGUGUGCGGCGGGAGAUGUGCCCGUGGAGUUGAACAUGAGCGUGAGCUCCAAUGUCACAGGCGAAGUGAAAUGGUUCAACAGCAGCUAUCAGUUCGGCGCUGUGAGCACUCGUGUGCCCGAAGAGCUUCUAGAAACGCCCUCCAGCUGCGAUCUAGCGCCUCCCUGCGAGCCUUUGGAUCCUGAUCCUGUGGCCUUGGAUGCCUAUGUGUUUCAUCCCAACCUGUCGGCGGUGGACUACAACAUCGAGGACCAAAAUGUGGCGGAUCUGGAGGGAGAAGCUCUCUUCAUCUGUAUGGACCGCUUGCGGUUCCACAAGAUGGCGGUGGAUCACAACUACACCUUGAUCUCCCGCUACAGCCUCCUAGUUUCACCCGCCUACGGGCAGUAUCCCCUCUGCAACGGCUACCCGGACACCGUGCCGCAAGGGCCGCGCUGCGUGGGCGGAGAUGGUCGCCUAGUGGGGCGUGAGGCGCCCUUCUUCGCUGGAGAUGGCGAGAGUAGGUGCUCCACUUCCAGCCCUGUGGGCUUCUGGCUCGGCGUUCCCUCGGGUGGCCGUUGCAGUGCUGGCCAACGGCCCAGCCGAACGGCAGCGCAGGGCGGCUGCACCUGGUCCCUGGAAGCAAGGAGGAAGACCAUCCGUCAGACCUGCCUCUUUCAUCACAACUUCUUUGAACUUUGCGACGCCGACUUCGCGGAGCGGCGUGGCUUCCGGCGCAGCGCCGCGGCGCUGCGGAGGGCCUUCGCGUCCGACGAGACGGCGCGCGGCGGGUGUGCGGACGUGGGCGGGCCGGAGGUGAAGGAGGCCAAGGCACAAGUCUCGGAGCUGAACCUCCAAGUGACCAAGCUCCAGCAGGAGCUGGCUGGUCGUCAGCAAGAGCUGCAAGAGGCCUUGGCUGCCCUGGAGGCCGAAAAGCAAAAAGUUGUACCGGUUCCCGAGCUGUUCCAGGCUCCGGCAGCGCCGGUGGAGUCGGAGGAGUCGGAGGCCCUGCGGCGGCAGCUGGGAGAAGCCCUGGAGGCCGCCAAGAAGCUGGGGAAAGAGAAGGGCGAUCUGCAGAAGGCUCUAGAGCGAGCACAGCGAGCGAACCAGGAUUUGCAAUUGCAGCUUGACAAGAAGAUGCAAACGCCUCCAGUGGAGCGCCCGGUCGUCACCAUAGCUGAGGUGGAGGUGAAGCCCAAGGCACACGCUGCUGGUCUGUGUUUGAGUGAAGAUGCUCGCACCACCUUGCUCGGACCACCUUGCGCAUCAACUUUCCAUAAGUGGAUGACACGAAUAGAUUGCACAUGA